GCUCCGGCGGUCCCCACGUGGAUGGAAGAUGGCCGCGUUUGCGGACCUGAAUAUCCUCUACUUGCCGGAGAAAGAAGCCUUGCAGAAGUUGGUGGAGGCUGCAGCGCACCUUGGCUAUUCAACUGUGGCAAUCAAUUAUGUUGUCAACUAUGAAGAAAAGAAAAAAGAAAUUGUCAAGCCAAUGACUCCCGCAGAACUGUUUUCAUCCUUGCCUCUUGUACAGGGGAAAUCCAAGCCAAUUAAGAUUUUAUCAAGACUGACACUAGUGGUUUCUGAUCCAUCCCACUGCAAUGUUCUAAGAGCGACGUCUACAAAUAUCAAAUAUUAUGACAUCUUUGCUGUAUUUCCUAAGAAUGCGAAACUCUUUCACGUGGCAUGCACAACCUUAGAUGUAGACUUGGUGUGUGUUGAUGUGACAGAAAAGCUGCCCUUCUUCAUCAAGAGACCGUCUGUCAAUGUGGCAAUAGAGCGAGGUGUCUACUUCGAACUUAUUUAUGUUCCUGCCAUCAAAGACACCACAAUGCGACGGUACACAAUCUCGAACACCUUCAGCCUGAUGCAGAUCUGCCGUGGAAAGAAUAUCGUUCUGUCCAGUGGAGCUGAAAAGCCUAUCCAAUUGCGAAGUCCAUAUGAUGUGGCUAAUUUAGGUUGGUUGUUCGGCCUUUCAGAAAGCAAUGGCAAGGCAGCUGUUUCAACCAACAGCCGAGCUGUCCUUCUGCAUGGAGAAGCCAGGAAAACCGCCUGUGGAGUGGUGUAUACAGUGAAGAAACCUCAACCUCCAGAUGAUGAUGAUGAUGAUGAUGAUGAUGAUGAUGAUGAUGCUCCACUCAGUAAAAAAGCUAAAACAGAUUUGUGAAUUACAAGUUUACCUCUCUGACACCCAUCAUCAGCCCAAACCUCCAAAGCUGUCUUACCUUACCAGAUGAAAAGGAGGAAUCUUAUCCCUAAGUUGACAUGAGUAUCUACUUAGGUGAAUUCUCUAUAUAGACUUUAGGAGAAAUAGAUGAUGCUCCUUGAAUAUUGACUGGCGAAAAAUGGCAAUACAACAUUUGAAAGAAUUUGUAUAUAGCUGUGCCACCUUUUAUAAUAAAUAUAUCUUAUCAAAUGCAACUUUCACUAUCCGUUUGCCCAUGAUCAAAACAAGAAUUGACAUUCUACAUAUGCAACCUAGAUUUUUUUUGUAAAAAUAAAAUAAAAAUUGUGUUGGCUUUUAUUAAUCCGACUUACAUUUGCAUGCUGAAAAUCAUUACAGUACUGUAAUUUCAUCACAGGAUUAUCAUGUUACAAGAAUUCCACAUUUGAGUUCCUGAUUACAAAGUUCUUAACGCAGCACACUGUUGGUAAUCAUUUGAAGAAAUUGCAGCUUGAGCUAUGAGCAAAGUUUCUGUCACAUUACUCACAGCUAUAAUAGUGGAGCAUCCAGAUUAUUUGUGUGAUUCAACUAGAAGAACUGUCCUAUCCUGGGUUGAGAAGUAACCAUGCCCUGCCACUUGAAGUAUGAGACAAGAUCAAGUUAGGUCAGAGACAAUGUGUAUUUGUCUGAAACAAGGCAAUAAACACGUACAUAUUUGUAAGA